AUGAGGAGCCUGUGCCGCCUCGGCGUUACGAGAAAUCAGGCCUUGACUACAGCUGGUGGUGCCCAGCCUGAUGGUGCGGCCCCUGAACUCGAGAAGGCGGAGGCGUUGCUGCUGGCCGGCCAACGCGAGGAGGCCGGCGGCAGGUGGGCCGCCGCACUCCAGACCUACGACCAAGUGGCAGCGCAGCACCCGGACCUCCCCUCGGCCCACACCGCGCGAGCACACCUCCUGGCCCGUGCCGGUCGCCCGGAGGAAGCUCUCGCCGCCUACCAAGAGGCGCGUCGUGCCUACAACUCUCGCUUUUGUGACACAUGGGAGCUCACGUGUGCGGUGCUUCGAUGUGUACCUGGUCACCCGCAUACGUGCGUGGCCGUGGCGCGAUGCCUGCUCGCUCUGGGCAAGCCGGACGAGGCUAUGAGCCAGCUGAGCAACGUGUUGGACGCACACCCGCGGAACGUGGCCGCCCUGGGCGAGCGCGGAGAUCUGUACUUGCGCCGUGGGCAAGUGCGCGAGGCCGCGGAGGACUACAAGGCCAUCAUCACCAUGGAAGAGCGCAGCGCAGGAGCAUGGCUCGGGCUGGCCAAGGUGCGGACGCUCAAAGGGCACAUGAAGACUGCGAGGAAGGCGCUCGACCUAUCUCUGCGCUUCGCCACCGAGGCGUGGGACCGCAUCCAAAAGCAGCAGGAGCAGGAGCAAGAACAGCCGCAGCCUGUGCAGGGAGAAACCGCCGCCACUGGUGCUGCCAGCACAGCUGAGGCUGGGGCGUCACCACAGGAAGUCGACCCGAUCAAGGUGCAGCAGGCUCAGAGGCGGCUCCGGGACCUGGUGGCGGCGCACAGCUUCAAGGGCGUCUACCUGCAGGCCGCGGGCGACAUGGCCCAUGCCCUCGAGGCCCUCGACCACGCCAUCCACCUGGCCGAGAUCGCGCUGCCCACCACCACCGCCGCCGAGCUCAAGGAGACCGACGACUCGCCAUCACUGGACGCCGCCAUGCUCGGCGAAGAUCGAGCGCUGCUUAGCGAUCUAUACUGCAAGCGGGCGGCGAGCACGUUCGCGGCGGAGCGGUACGACGACUGCCUGCGCGACUGCGACCUCGCCCUGCGACACUCGGCCGGCGGCAACCACCUGGUCCGCCUCCUACGCGGCCAGUGCUACCUGUUCGGCGGCCGCUUCGCCGACGCCAUCGCCGAUCUCCAGCUCUACCUUCAAGCUGAGGAGAAAGCCAGGCUGGCCACCGGGUCACCGGGCCAGCACCCGGCGGCCGAGGUCCAGCGACAGCAGGUGCAGGAGGCCAUCGCACACUGCCAGCGUGCGCUGGCGGGCAAGACAUAA